AUGCCAUACGCCGCCGCCCUUACAGACAGUCACAUCUUGGGUGACAUCAUCAACGCUCAUGAAAGUGCAGAGGAAAAGAAUUAUGAUCAAAAUAGAGAAGUCACCCCCGCUCUUUCUCGCGAAACAGCCAAACACAUCCGACCCCUCCUAGGCUACUUCAAAAAUUGCAAGCAACAUGUUGACGCGACUAUGAUGACGGAUGACUUCCCUCAACCAACAAUCGAUUAUAUAAAGACAUGCGAGGGAAACGCUACCCGGGUGAAUGAGAUCUUCUCAGGUGUUGUCGGAAGUUCAAAUGCAAUGGAACAGUACCGCAGAGUUGCACGAGGAUACCUAUUGGAAGACCUAAUGAAGAAGAUGCUCGAGAAUGUGAUUGCAAUGUCGAAUGCCACACAACUUGCCGUCUUAAGUGGCGCGGAACUUCAGGAGCUCAACGAAUCUUUAGGGCAGCUUCAAGCAAUGCCUGCAUCGUUGCCGGAAUCCAAGUCGCAGUAUUCUUUCUCCAACCACGGAUCUGGGAAUCAGAAUAUCAACACUAGCACGGGGCACCAAUACAACAACACCGGCUCCGGAAAUGUGUUCACUGGUACAAUUCAUGGCUUCUCAAUGACCAGAUGA